AUGCCGGCCAUUCCUCAUUUUUCUUCGCUUCUUUACUGGGCAUUCUACCUGGUCCCGGUCUAUCUAUUCAUAAUUGUCCCGGGUCUUCGCGCUCUCUUUCCACACCAAACCCCAGGCCCGUUACUGCAAGAUGACUUCUACGACGACGAAUUUACUGGCGGGCUAGAGUCUGUGGCGGACGACACAGAGUAUGCGGCGCUCAGCUGCCCCGAGGACCCUUACCGCGUACACAUAUUUUCUCGCACGCCGUUGAUUGUAUAUAUUGAAAAUUUCCUGAGCGAAUCCGAGACAAAUCACCUGCUGGAUGUGAGUGAAGGCAAAUACAAGCCGUCGAGCAUAUACAACGGCGAUUCCGAACGAGUUGAUUUUUCUGUGCGCCGUUCCGACCGCGCUCUACUCGACCGCGACAAUGUCGUGCGGUGCUUGGAAGAACGAGCCCGGUCGUUCCAGGGCUGGCGGCCCUAUCUACAUAUCGAGCAGAUGUGGACGCAAAGAUACAACGUCUCGGGUCACUAUCGACACCAUUUCGAUUGGUCGGGGUCUGGCGGCGCGGGCGACCGCGUGAGCACGUUCAUGGUAUACUUGCAAAUGAAUGGUACGGGCGGAGGGACGAAUUUCCCUCGCUUACGGAGGCCUAGGGGUGCAGAAUGGUGUCGGUUCAUCGAAUGCGAUGACGUUACUGGCAAGAAUAGUCCAGAUCGCCUCAAAGGUAUCACGUUCAAACCAAUCGAGGGGAAUGCCAUCUUUUGGGAGAAUCUCCGCGCGGACGGCUCUGGGUACCUGGAGACUUGGCAUGCGGCGUUACCAGUGUUGUCUGGGACCAAGGUGGGAAUGAAUAUAUGGAGUUGGAACCAGCCGCCGAGUCGGUAG